UAUAUUGAAAGGAAUUACUUUAUUCUAUCGAUUGACAUUUUGCACAAUUAGUACUAUUUUUUGCAACAUUGUGUGCAAAUGUAAGCACGCUUGUCAAUUGCUGUGUGGUUGUCAUUCAUUUUGUUCCGCUCUUUGUGUGUGCAUCGGCGCUCAUCAUUUGUCUGGGAGAAAAGAACGAAAAAUAAAAUAAAUUCAGUGAAUAUAAUAUUUUUAAAAAUUGUGUUGGCUUUAAAGCCUUUUUUCACUUUUGUUUAAACCGCAAGAAGGCUGGUAAUUUCUUGCAAUUCCGUUUAACUGGCCUCGAUCAUUUUGACCAGCUAAACAAUCUCUCUAUUCGGAUUACUUCGUCGUAAAAAAGUACGUUAAUAAAGAGAAGUGCUGCAGCUUGGUUCUUUUGAGCGUGGUGUGGUGGCUGACAGCUGAAAUUCAAGCAUCAACAUGUCAAACAUUGUUCUGGAUAAAGAUACUUUUUUGAGACGAAUAAAGCGUCUCUACGACGAGUGGAAGCAACCUACCAUAACUCAUGAUGAUGCCCUUAAAAGGGUCGACUGUAUUAUGUCAGUUGUGGGCGUGGACGAGGACAUUGUAUAUUCCAAGUCUACAGCUUUACAAACAUGGCUAUUAGGCUACGAACUAACCGACACGAUAUCGGUAUUUGCGGCGGAUGGUGUGUAUUUUCUAACAAGUAAAAAGAAAAUUGAAUUUUUGAAGCAAAUUGAAAAUUGUAAAGUUGAUGGAGUGCCAGAAAUAAAACUUUUAGUGAGAGACAGGAAUGAUAAAGACAAAGCCAAUUUUGAAAAGCUCAAAGAUAUCAUGAAAUCCUCCAAAGAGGGAAAGAAGCUGGGAGUUUUUAUCAAAGAUGGAUAUCCUGGUGAAUUUUGUGAGUCAUGGAAGGCCACACUCAAAUCCGCCGGCUUUGAAAAUGUAGAUAUAAGUGGGGCCAUAGCUUAUAUUAUGUGCCCCAAAGAUGAACCAGAAAUAAAUAAUAUACGUAAAGCUUCGUUGGUAUCUGUGGAUCUUUUCAGUAAAUAUCUGAAGGAUCAAAUAAUGGACAUUAUCGAUUCGGAUAAGAAAGUAAAACACUCCAAAUUGUCGGAGGGCGUUGAAUCGGCUUUGACCGAUAAAAAAUAUGUUACCGGUGUCGAUAGUUCAUUGCUGGAAAUGUGUUAUCCGCCCAUUAUACAAUCCGGUGGUCAUUACAGUUUAAAAUUCUCCGCUUUAAGCGAUAAAAAUCAUCUGCAUUUCGGCUCAAUUGUAUGCUCAUUGGGUGCGCGUUAUAAAUCUUAUUGUUCGAAUAUUUCAAGAACUUUUCUGGUAAAUCCUACGGAGGAAAUGCAAGACAACUACAAUUUUCUUGUCAAUGUUCAGGAGGAGAUACUCAAAUUACUAAAACCUGGAGCUAAACUAAAUGAAAUAUAUGACCACGUUUUGGAAUAUGUUAAGAAGGAGAAACCAAAACUAUUGGAGAGUUUCACUAAAACAUUUGGUUUUGCCAUGGGCAUUGAAUUUCGUGAAAAUUCUAUUAUAAUUGGGCCCAAAUGUACAGCUGAGGUGAAAAAGAAUAUGGUCUUUAAUGUUAAUGUUGGUAUAUCUGGCCUCACAAAUCCAGAUUCUCAAGAGAAGGAGGGUAAAACCUAUGCCUUGUUUAUAGGUGACACCGUUUUGGUGGGCGAUCAAUCACCGGCCAGCAUAAUGACGCCGUCAAAGAAAAAGAUCAAAAACAUUGGUAUUUUUAUCAAGGAUGACAGCGAGGAAGAGGAUGCUGAUGAAAAGGAAGAAAUCAAGGAAGACAAGAGCCAGACAAUGUUGGGAAGAAGCAAACGUAAUACAGUUCUCGACUCAAAGUUACGUACAGAAACAAAUACGGAAGAAAAACGCAAGCAACAUCAAAAAGAAUUGGCACAAAUACUGAACGAAAAGGCUAAGGAACGUUUGUCUAAACAAAAUGAUUCCAAAGAGGUUGAGAAAGUACGCAAGAACACUGCCUCCUAUAAAUCAAUGAGUCAAAUGCCACGUGAACCGGAAGUACGGGAGUUAAAACUCUAUGUGGAUAAGAAAUAUGAAACUGUUAUUAUGCCCGUCUUUGGUAUACCUGUACCAUUUCACAUUUCCACCAUUAAAAAUAUUUCACAAUCCGUGGAGGGUGAAUACACGUAUUUACGUAUAAACUUUUUCCACCCCGGCGCAACAAUGGGUCGUAAUGAAGGUGGACAGUUUCCUAAUCCUGAGGCAACAUUUGUCAAGGAACUUACAUAUCGAAGUUCUAACAUCAAGGAACACGGAGAAGUAGUUGCGCCCUCUUCCAAUUUAAAUAAUGCCUUCCGUCUUAUAAAGGAAGUACAGAAACGCUUCAAAACUCGUGAAGCCGAAGAACGUGAAAAGGAAGAUCUUGUUAAGCAAGAUACAUUGAUAUUAUCCCAAAAUAAGGGUAAUCCAAAAUUGAAAGAUUUGUACAUACGUCCAAAUAUUGUAACCAAACGUAUGACGGGUAGUUUGGAAGCUCAUACCAAUGGUUUCCGUUAUAUCUCAGUUCGAGGAGAUAAGGUGGACAUUCUUUACAACAAUAUCAAAAGCGCGUUCUUUCAACCGUGUGAUGGUGAAAUGAUUAUUCUUCUACAUUUCCAUCUCAAGCAUGCCAUUAUGUUCGGCAAAAAGAAACAUGUUGAUGUUCAAUUCUAUACUGAAGUUGGUGAAAUUACUACCGAUUUGGGUAAACAUCAACAUAUGCACGAUCGUGAUGAUUUGGCUGCUGAGCAGGCUGAACGUGAAUUAAGACACAAAUUGAAGACAGCAUUUAAAAGUUUCUGCGAAAAGGUAGAAUCAAUGACCAAACAUCAAGUGGAGUUCGAUACACCAUUCCGUGAAUUGGGUUUCCCCGGUUGUCCCUAUCGCAGUACAGUUACUCUUCAACCCACCUCAGGCAGUUUGGUUAAUCUUACCGAAUGGCCACCAUUUGUUAUCACCUUGGAUGACGUUGAGUGUGUACAUUUUGAACGUGUACAAUUCCAUUUAAGAAAUUUCGAUAUGGUUUUCAUUUUCAAAGACUACCACAAAAAGGUGGCCAUGGUAAAUGCAGUACCCAUGAACCUAUUGGAUCACGUAAAGGAAUGGUUGAAUUCCUGUGAUAUUCGCUAUACCGAAGGCAUUCAAUCCCUUAACUGGGCCAAGAUCAUGAAGACCAUUACUGAUGACCCAGAUGGUUUCUUCGAACAAGGCGGUUGGUCCUUCUUAGACCCUGAAUCGGGAAGUGAAGAUGAAAAUGAAGAAGCCGAAUCUGAGGAAGAUGAAGCUUAUGAGCCUACUGAUUUAGAGUCAGAUGCUGAAUCUGAAGAUGAUUCAGAAUACUCAGAAGCAUCAGAAGAUGACAGUGAUGAGGACAGUGAGGAACUUGGUUCGGAUGAAGAAUCAGGUAAAGAUUGGUCCGAUUUAGAGCGAGAGGCUGCCGAGGAGGAUCGUAAUCGUGACUACGAACAUUCUGACGGUGACAGAAAACAGAAUGGCAAACAUCAUUCUAAACACUCAAAGAGUUCAAAACACAGUCGGCGAGAUCGAGCUGUACAAGAGCAAACCCAUAAGAAACAUCGUAAAUCUCAUUCAUCCUCUUCGGCGAAUGCCACAUCGAAAUCUACAAAACACACAAAUAGCCCCGUCAAAUCAUCUCACAAGGAUAAACACCACGAUCGCAGUCGUGACAAACAUCAUUCCUCGUCCUCGUCGCACAAAGAUAAAGAUCGCGACAAGAAUCGUCACCAUCACAGUAGCAGUAGUAGUCAUAAACGUUCUCGAGAUGAUAGUCGAGACGGUGGCCACCAUAAAUCUAAGAAGUCGCGUCAUUAAAUCAAACAUCGUCGCUCAUUUCUAAUUUAAUAAAUAAAACCUUUUUUAAGUUUUCUCUAUUUUAUGCCACACUAUUUUCAUUACCUUCUUCUAUACCUCCGUGUUCUUUUUUUCAUUUACAACCGUUAACUAUAGUGUUUCUAUUAUAACUAUUUAAGUUUGUGCCCCUUGUUUGUUUCCUAUUUUCUCCAUAUAGAGUUCAAAACAAUUGAAAUGAAAAAUUUGUUUUGUUAAAGGAAAAAUCUUUUCUGUUUAUAAAAUCGUAUUCAUAAAAAUUUGGUUGUUCGUUAUACUUGAAUGUUUUGUCUCAAGACAAAAACUCAUUUUUUCUCCCCAUGUUAAAUAUAUUCGAUUUAAAACAAUUUUUUUUUUAUUAUUCCACUGUUGUCUCACAAACGAAAAAUUUAAUUUUUUCUAAGCAAGAUUAUAAGUUUAUAUACAAGAAUAGUAACAAUAAAAAAAAAAUCAGAAUGA